AUGUCGCUCCUCAAGCAGUACGACCAUUUUCUCCUCACCAAUGCCUCGCAGAUCACUGGAGUCGAGAGCACCCUGCGCUCCAUCACCUACUUUCUCCCCGGCCGCUUCAAGGACGCCGAACUCGCGGGAGAGGCAAUCUACUCGGCGCUAAACCUCCUCGGCCUCUACCACGACUCGAUCCUCGUCCGCGCUCUCUCCCAGCAGCACACCGCCGCACCCGGCACAUUGCCAUCCUCGUCAUCAUCUCCCUCCUCUGCCUCGUCCUCGCCCUCCUCCUUCUCCCUGUCGGAGCACGCCAGGUAUACCCAGCACUUUUCGCGCACGUCGACCCCCUACAACCUCGUCGCCCGCGCCCUCGUCAUAAUCGGCUACCUCGAGCUUCUCGUCGAAAUGGCCGCACGCAGGAAGCUGUCCAAGCGGCGCGCCUGGGACGUCGUCGCCACCAUCGAGGCAACCAAGGCCGCGCUCCGCCUCUCCCUCAUCCACAUGACCGGCGACCGCAUGUCCAUACAACCGCCCAUCCCCGAGCGCGAAGUGGACCCCGCGACCCUCGAAGAGGAGCGCACAAAGCGCAUCGCCACGCUCGCCACCUCGCUCGACAAGGCAGCAGCAGCAGCAGCAGCGGAAAAGAACUCGUCCGCGGCAUCACCGCCCACCGCCUCCUCGUCUGCGGCACCCAGCGGAUACUGGAAGGGCAUCAGGACCGGCUACCUCCGACCCACGCUCGCAUCGCUCCGACCAGGGUCGCUGGCAGGCCAGCAAGACGACGCCGCCCAAGGAGAAAAGGGAAAGGGUCCACACAACCCCGCCCCUCCCCACCUGCGCGCCCUCGGCAUGGCGGGGCACAACUCGGGCUCGGAUUCGGACGACACCCUGGUGGCCCAGGGGACAGCCAGCAUGUCGUCGUCCAGGACGCUUCCCCCUCACCAGUCGUCCACUGGCAGCGGCGCCCUCAAGCAUGGGCCGCCCUCGCCGCCCGCGCCGCUCGAGCCGUGGACCGAAAAGCAGAUCAACGACUACCUCCUCUCGCGCGUCGUCAGCGUCAACGACGUGCGCCGGCCCGAGGACCUCGUGCGGCCCCUCAGGAACCGGCUGGCCAAGGCGGCAGAGACGCUCUGGGUGCUGCGGCCGCUGCUCUACGUCCUCGCCAUCCGCCGGUGGGGUCGAAGGCACACUGCGCCGUUCCUCCUCUCGUUCUGCCUCGAGUACAUUGCCAGGGCGAUGCGCAAGCGCGCCCUCUCAUCGUCGACGGCGUCGGGCAACGGCUCCGCCGCCUCGCUCCUGGGCAACCCGCUUGUCGCGGCCAUGAUGGGCGGCAACCCCAUGCUGGGCCUGCUUUCGGCCUUCCUCGGCGGCGACAGCGCGGCGGCAAAGGAAAAGCGGCCCAUCUCCUCGGUCGAGGAAAUGGAGUGGAGCAAACGCGACCGCAGCUUCUGGUGGUACCUGCUGCGCGGACCCGUGUGGUACGGCUGGACUCGACCCAAGCUGUCGAGCCUCGUGGCGCGCACCGAGAACCGCGCCCUCAUCGGCAUGGUCGGCGGAAUCGUUGGCGACUACCUGCCCCUCGUCGACGAGUACUACUUCUACUCGGCCACCUAA